GCUUACAUUGCUUGCGUGACUGAGCCAGCACGCUGCAGGGCGACGCGCAGCCUUUGUCCGAGUACUGUUAACCGGCGCCGACUGCCGCCGAAUCAGUUUCGUUUGUGUCAGGCGAUCGCUCGCUGCUUCGACGAUGAUGUCCAGGUCGGUACGCGCCGAGACGCGGAGCCGUGCGAAGGACGACUUCAAGAGGGUCAUGCAAGCCAUCGACAAGGUUCGCAAAUGGGAAAAGAAGUGGGUCACCAUAGGAGACACGAGUAUGAAAAUCUACAAAUGGGUCCCAGUUCCAAGCACUGAUCAGGCACCGGAAGCUAAGCAAGGAGGGAUGGCACAGAAAAAAAAAGCUAGGGCGAAAACCAAAGCACCAGCAGCUUCAAGCAACAAAGAAAACAUUGAAACAUCGGGUAAACACGACAUCAAGAAUGAUGAUUCCCAGUCCUUGGUUGGGAAAGACAAGUCUAAUUCAAACAUGUCUGAAGGCCUAGAGGAAUCUUUCACUGGUUUCUCGGAAUUCAGCCAGGACUCUCAGGGUGACAGUCAAGUCAUGAGGGAUGCAAGGCCAGAGGAAUCCAGCACUUGCAUUACGGAGAACAGCAGUGACACCCAGUUUCCAGACUCUCAGGGAGACCUUUCAACAAGACGAGACGAGUCGAGUGAAGACAGCACGGAGGCACCACUAAAGAAGCUGAAAAUGAACAGCGAUUGUUCUAAGGCAUAGUAGCAUUGCGGCCGAACGCCAUCGUCAUCAUCACAACUAACGAUCAUUUGUGUUGGCCAGGAUCACCCACAUUGUGUCGUGUAGUGCACCAUAGCCACGGCCCACGUGCUGCUGUAAAGAAGGGUCAGUCGGAAUCUCGGCGCUGGCAGUGAACCGAUAAUGAAUUGCAUUGUGUGCAGGUGGGUGUAGGAAUAUUUUGUGCCGUGUCACUUUGCACAACUUUAAAAAGAGGGCUGAAGGAGAAUAGCGAUCUUUAGGAUGUCCGUUGAAUUGAAGCAGCUUUGUACUCUAACUGUAGAUAAACUUUAGCAAAUGCUUAGGUCAUUGUUAUUUAUUCCAAAGCUUUUCUUUGUGGUUGAUGAUGUAAAAGUGUGGCUGUGCCGACUGGUCUAGCAGAUAUGAUCCCGUUCUUUGAAUCAUCUGCUAGCAGCUGCUGUAUGUCCACUGCAACAAGCCUCUAUGCCUUGCACUUGUAUUAACCUUGCGUAAUUGCAGUGCCUUUUGCCUGCUUAUAUUAUCUCCUUUUAUAGAUAUAUUACCAAGAUGAAUUUGUGCUUGUAAAGCAGUUUGAUCAGUAGCGUACUUUUUGAUUUAGCAAUCUGCUUUGUUUCGUUCACUUGUCACUGGUGUCACUUUCGGCAGAUGCAGCUAAAACUUCUCGAAAUAUACUACUGAGAACCUGAUGUUAGUAAGCACAGGCGGUAUGAAUUAUGUCCUUGUCGAUGAUUUCAUCUUUCAUUGUGAUGUUCAUAGCAGACAUCUUUUCUCAUUAUGUUCAUUGUUGUUUGACAGAAACACCUAUAGUAAUAUGAAAACUCUUGUGUUACAGGAUACAAUAAAACAAAAGUAACAAACAUUUCUC